AUGACAGAUCAAUUGAUUCAUACUGAAAUUUUGGUUAAUGCUACUAGAUUGAAGUUCCUUUGUACUUUUGUGUAUGGCCAUAAUGAUGUUAAAAAAAGAGAUAGCCUGUGGAAAUUUCUUUUAGAUACAGCUACAUCCCAAUCCAAACCAUGGUGUGUAGGUGGUGACUUCAACGCUAUCAUGCAUUAUGAUGAUAGAAUUGGCUCUAUUGUGCGAGAAAAAGAAAUUCGGCCGAUGGCUUAUUGCAUGCAACAAUGUAGGCUCCAUGAUGUCAAAAGUAUGGGUAGAUUUUAUACCUGGAAUAACAAACAAGAUGGGGGUAACAGGGUCUUAUCGAAGAUUGAUAGAUUCUUAAGCAAUCAACUCUGGGACAGCACCUUCCUAGAAGCUAUCGUUCACUUCACUCCAGAAGGGGAUUUUGACCAUAGCCCUAUGGUGAUCACCACAGUGCCAGUGCACCAGGGUCUUAAGCCUUUCAAAUUUUAUAAUCACUGGGUGGCCCAUGAACUUUUCAUAGACACAGUCCAGCAUGCCUGGAACCUUAAGUGCGAGGGCACUAGAAUGUUUAAAAUUACUCAGAAAUUGAAGAAGUUGAAGCCCCUUCUUAAAGCCUUAGAUGGAAGAACUGAGUCAUCUCUUGCAGUAGCUUUUAAGGAGGCUAAAACCGCACUAUUUCAAGCACAAGAAGCUUUGCACCAAAAUCCAAGUGACCCCAGUUUGGCUUAUGUGGAAAAGAUGGCAGCAGUUAACUUUCAGAAGACCGAUCGUGACUAUCAGAUGAUCCUACACCAGAAAGCAAAGCUCCAUUGGCUUAGAGAGGGUGAUGAGAACACCAAAUUGUUUCACAAUUAUAUCAAAGCGAGGAAAAAGAAUAACCUUAGCAUUGUUCGAUAUGGAUGGCAAAUGGGUUGA